CCUUGUGAACGGGCUGUAACGUUUUCUUCGGCGCGCGCGGAGCGCGGAGCCGCGGAGUGUGAGAGAGCGCGAGAACGAGAGAGGUGGGAUUCAUUACAAAAUAAGACCCGCGCUCGAACGAGGCGACGUUGGUAAAGAUGGAAGCGAUGGACACCACGACCACGAACUCACAUCCGAGGAGAAUGCACAACAGUUACGAGGAUGAGGAGGAGCGGAAGCACUUUCAGAGGAUUGUCUCCGCGUUCAGAUAUUACAAAACGCACUCUCUGUUGAGAGUAAGGAAAACAGAGUCCUAUUUCCACAGUCUGCCGCAACAUCACCAAAAGCUUUUAUCCAAAUAUGGGCAACACUUGCAAGAAGUCAAACGAUGUAUUGGGAAUAAUGAUGAGAUUAUAAAGCUCAUAAUAAAAGACGUAGCUCAUAUAUUUGAAAACGUGUGUCCAAGUACUGCACAAGUUGACAAUACGUUAAAUCUAAGGCCUGUAAUGUCAGAUCAAGAAAAGGUGCAAGCUACCAUUAAGCAACUGGUACGAGACUGGAGCGUGGAAGGUGCUGAGGAACGAAAAGCAUGUUAUAAGCCAAUCAUAGAUGAAGUAUUACAUCAAUUUCCACUGGAACAUUGUACGCCGUCGGACGUGCAUAUUUUAGUACCUGGUGCAGGACUGGGCCGUCUUGCCUUUGAAAUCGCGAAGCAGGGAUAUACCUGCCAAGGGAAUGAAUUUUCCCUCUUCAUGCUGUUUGCAUCAAACUUUGUAUUAAAUAAAUGUAGAGAAAUAAACUCGUAUCACGUACACCCUUGGGUGCAUCAAUACAUGAAUAACUUGAAACCUGAGCAUCAGACGCAAGCAGUUUCCUUUCCCGAUGUGAACCCGAGCGAUCUUCCAGGGACCGCGCAAUUUUCUAUGACGGCGGGUGACUUUUUAGAGGUUUAUACGGAAAGCAAUCAUUGGGAUUGCGUCGCAACAUGCUUCUUCAUAGACUGUGCCAAUAAUGUUGUACAAUUUAUUGAGACAAUUUAUAAAAUCUUGAAACCAGGUGGUGUUUGGAUAAAUCUCGGACCGUUGCUCUAUCACUUUAGUGAUUUACCAAACGAAGAGUCGAUCGAGCCAAGUUACGACGCUAUUCGCGAUGUUAUUCUAGGCUUCGGCUUUCAAUUGGAGAAGGAGCAAACAAAAGUGAAAACGCGUUAUGCGCAGAACAUUAACAGUAUGUUACAGUGCGAAUACAAUAGCGUGUACUUCGUUUGUCGAAAACCCAAUGGACAUGUAGAUGGACAUGUAAAUCAUAAUCAGAACGGAGAUGAAAUUAACAGUGCGGAGGAACAAGAGAACUGAAUAAAGCGUGGCACUUCUCUUUCAUUAAGAAGUGUUAAACGCUGAAAAGUUGUUAUUUAAGUGCACCUGUGUUUCACUAUUGUGAACAAUAGUUUCGUAAUUGCGAAGACUUAUAUUUUUUCUUUUUUUUUAUAUCUUUACUUGUCUCAAUCUGUUCAAAUUUAAAAACUUAAUUCAUACGAGCGAGUUUUCAAUGGUACUAUGGAAGAAUUGUCUUCAUAACGUCAAUAAUGUUUCGAGGAUAACAGACAAAUUAUUUUUUUAAUAUGAUUAGUAUACCAUAAUUCUAGACAAUAUCUAAUCUAGGUGUAUCUUUUGUUUAUUGUAUCGUGUUUGGGUAAAAUUAGAAGAUCAAACACAUUUGACAAAGAUUUAUAAAUAUUUACAAA